AUGCGAGGCGGCUUCGUUAGGGGGGCUGCAGCACGUCCUCAUAAUCCACGAGAGGAAAAUAGGCAGCAGGGAGACCUAAAUCCCAGAGAAGUCAAAAAAGGAAGGAGGUCGGAAGUAGAGGUUGCCAUUGUAGGGACAAGGAAGCUGGUACCAAGAGUAGAAGAAUGGAUGGAGGACGGCUCAGAGGCUGAACGGCAGCUAGAUGGAGAUCAACCAGACACAUACAUGGAAAGAGAUCAAGACAAGAUUUCUGGAGGAUCUACAUAUCAAAAGACCUUUGCAGAAACUGUUAAAACAGGGACUAGGACUACCAUAGUCACUCAAGAGAAGGAAACAAGAGAGGAUAUAGAAACUGAGAGAGAAGACCGUGAUGAAGAAGACGUAGACGACAUCAUUCUAAAGAGGAUGCCUGAUGGACUUUACAAUCUCGUCAUAGGAGAGCGUGUGAAAAGAGAGCUUUGUAACGAUUGGUGGGAGACACUCAUAGUGAAGCUCCUAGGAAGGAGGAUCACUUUGGCGAGAAGAUCUGGACUAUACACUCACAUAGAGGGGCCGUGGAAGAUUUUCGAUCACUACUUGACGGUAAGGCUUUGGAAGCCGGAGUUUGAUUCCAUGAAGGCAUCCAUUGAUAAUAUCGCUGCUUGGGUACAGCUCCCGGGACUUCCCAUUGAGUAUUACAAUCGCACUAUCUUGGAGAAGAUAGGAAACAUCAUUGGUUGCACUUUGAAAGUAGACUCAAACACUGCGGAGGUCUCAAGGGAAAAGUUUGCAAGAAUUUGUGUGGAAGUAGAUCUAGAAAAGCCCCUGACCACCAACUAUAUGAUCAAUGGAGUGAAACAUGCUGUGGGAUAUGAAGGAGUGCACUUAGUGUAUUUUGCUUGCGGAAGAGUAGGACAUGAUAAGGGAGUCUGCCCAAAAUCACAAAUAAAAAAAGAUGGGACGGAGAAUGGCGGUGGACCAGCAGGUGUUGAGGAAGAAGGUGAGGGCACUUUGGGGAAUAUAGUAAAAAAUAAGGGUAAAAAAGUCAUUAUGGAGGAAGAAGGACAAUAUGGUCCGUGGAUGCUUGUGCAAAGACAAACACGUGGCCAAAAAUCCGUUAAAAUUAGAGAGAAUGGGAGUAGUGGUAGUGGUGCGCCAGGACAGGGAGUGGGUGCUGGAAGAGCAGGGAACAUUUCACGCUUUGCAGUGUUGCAGUAUGAGGAAAUAGAUCCCAAGGACGAUGGUAAUCAGGAGGGUCCACACAAUCACACAGAAAUAGACAAAAGCUUAAUGGAGGUCACUCACAGGAGAAAGGAUAGAUUACAAGGCUCCAAGAACAACAAUGACCCACAUAAGACAUUUACCCAGCCACAAAAAAAAAGCCCAACAAGAACCAAUCUCUUUACAGCCUUUGAUUAA